AUCCGCCAGCCGAUGGAGCAAAAGGGGGGGGGGGAAAAAACAAUUUUAUCGAAUCUUUGUUUUUACAUAAAAUCACGUAAAAAAUUUUUAUUAAUACUUUUGUCAAAAUUUAAGAUGAAUGAUCUGAACUAAACACCGCCAAAUUUGUCGAAAACAGAUUUUGCAAAAUGUUUACUUAUUACAAAUUUUAAAUGUCAACAGAAAUUAAUAGAAUCUAUUAACAAUAAAAAAUAUAAUGGUAGAUUGUGGUAGAUUGACUGCAGAAACAGAAUCUUCUAUCUUGAAAUUACUAAUGUGACAUAUUCAAUUUUUAUAAUAAAUUAAAUGAUUAUGAAAUUAUACAUUCUGCUUGGUUUUUGCUAUCAAAUGAUGUCUGUAGAUUCUGCAGGCAAACUAUUAGCAAAUUUAUAUUUUGCAUAUACUGAGUUGUUUUUUUCAAUUACAGAUAUUCUAGAUUACAAAUUACAGAUUUAUAAAUAUAGAUUAAAAUUAAUAAUGAAGAAAAUAAGCAAGCAAACAGACUUGUCGAGUUCAGAAGAUGAAGAUAUAAGUAUUUUGAAGGAAGCGAUUGAUCAGGAAUUUUUUACUGAUAAUUUAUAUAGUACGAGGAAAGCCAAAGUUAUUUCUCAAUCUGAAGCGAAUACUAACAAACUGGAUGAAAACUACUCUUUAAGAACAAGCUCAAAAGAAGAUAAAUUUACAAAUUUUGGUGUUACCGCUACAUUUCAAAGUUUUAUUGCCAAAAAACUGGAUGAAAUUUUGGAUAGAACUAUAGAAUUGGAAAGCAGUGAAACAAUUAAUUGUUGUGGCAAACAGAGACAGAGGAAGCACAACAAUUUUGGAAUAAAGCUUCUAAAUACAUCGAAAAAAUUGUUGACUGUAAAAGUCGGAGAGGAAUAUACGGAGAAAGAGAAGAGAUCCAAAAGGAAUAGACAAAUUGCAGAAGAUGACGAGGCUUUAUCAAAAUUUCGAGAAGCUGCCAUCGAUGCAGAAUACAUAUUAAGCCAAGUAGACACAAAAGCUUGGGUUAAUAAACGUCCAGAACCGGAAUUUAAGUAUAAAAGAUUAAAAAAUGGUACUUUAAUUGAAAUGUAGCAUUACUUUUAUAUUCGUAUAUUGUAUAUGUGUGUGUA